GGCACGCACAGUUACGGAAGGUGCCGAUUCUUGUUGGUUUCUUUCGGGUCAGAGCCUAACAGCCUGAACCUCGACUUAAGAGAAACCCUGAAGGUGGGUGGUGAUUCCCAGAAGUAUUCUUAGUGCCAUUUGCGACUGUGGCCGAAAGAGAACACAGCAUAUCUCAUUCCAUAUUAACUCUCCUUUCCCUAAGAGAGUUACAGGGACGAUAAGCGAUUCCGGGAUCCUGGAGAGUUUACUGUCCGUGUUUUAGAAGUCGGCAUAUAGUUAGUCAUGGCCGGUAAGUAUUGCAUUGUUGAACCCGAGAGAAACUCUCAGUGUUCCUCUGUGCUUAAACAACCACCAACCAGCCUUCCGCACGAAAGCCGGGACACAAAGGCUUCGGCUACACCGUGUCCACCUCCGCUUGUGGGACAAGCAGUUAACUGUUGUAUUCAGAACAUCCGUACUCGCAUGAUCCGUCGUCACACUCAUCAUCGCCCAAGGUCUCAGCUACUCAAAUGCCAACACUUGAUUCGGAUGGCGAGGAGUACAGGACGCACGCUCGGGGUGACACGGAUUCUGAGGGGGGCCCAGAUGGGAAUGACUCCGACGGUCACCACCUUAAGGAGCGUUCAAGUCCAGAUGACGACCACGAGCGAAAUGAAAUCGAAAUGGAGGACGGCAUGCUUCCCCGAGACAUGCCCCAUAAGACGGCCUUCUACGACAUGGUUGCAGAACGGCAAAUGACGCAGACCGACGCCAAACUGUUCUAUCAGCGAAGCCAGGCGGAGAGUCGCACUCAAUUGCAGCAGCUCGCUCAAAUGUCGCCCCAGAGUAGUCCACUCAUCCCGGCUAGUGCUGGAAUCGCCGCGUCCCAUGCUGAUAGUGGAUCGAAUCUCGGCCACAGUUUUAGCAACCUGAAACUCUCCGAACUUGACUCGGCUUCCGUGCAGCAACCCAGAGAGGAGCCUAGUUACUAUGGGACCGACAACCUUCCGAGCCGUGGCAGCUACCCCCAACUGGGCAACACAGGGUCAGUAUCAGGGGUCCAGCCCGAUUCCGCGACCCAACAGCAGAUGCUCCUAAACGGCGCGGUCGCGGGCAUCGGCAGCAGUACUUUCGUGGAUGCCGAUCCUCAGAUAAACGCCGAGCUCACCGCUAUCUUCAAGAACGUCCAGAAGGUCCUGGACAUCAGGCACAAGUACAUCCGACUCUCUCUCCAAGGACCAAACGACAAUCCGAAAGAUGAUCCGAGCUGGAACAUCUAUCCGCCACCGCCAGAACCGGCAUGGACGGAGGAUAGGGAAAGGGCCACUCGGGGAGCUGGUAGUGCCAACAACAGCAUGCAGAACAGCCUUGUGCUGAACGUUGAAAAGCAGCGCUCUAGCGAGCGGUCGCCGGAGCAAGGUGCCGGGAUGCCGCGGAAAUCGAACGCAAAGAAGCGCAAGCCGGGGCAGGACAUUGGCGAGGACUUUGACAUGGAUGAUCUGCUGCCUUUGCCGGGGCGCAGCGGGAUGACCUUUCGGCUGGACGACAACGGGGUGUAUCAGGUCUACGAGAACGAAGAAGCGGAAAACGCUGGCAGGCCGGUUGUCAAUGUACCGACCAUCAAGGAGUACUACCUGGACCUCGACGUGAUCCUGAACGUCUCGUCCGAUGGGCCGAGCAAGAGCUUUGCGUUCCGGCGUCUGCAAUACCUGGAGGGCAAGUUCAACCUCUACACCCUUCUCAACGAGUAUCAGGAGACGGCCGACAGCAAGAAGGUGCCGCACCGUGACUUUUACAACGUCAGGAAGGUCGACACCCACGUCCACCACUCGGCCUGCAUGAACCAGAAGCACCUUCUGCGCUUCAUCAAGAGCAAGAUGAAGAAGUUUCCGGACGAGAUUGUCUUGUUCCGCGACGGGAAGCAUCUGACGCUGGCUGAGGUGUUCGAGAGUAUCAACCUCACGGCGUACGAUCUCAGCAUCGACACACUGGACAUGCACGCGCACAAGGAUUCGUUCCAUCGCUUCGACAAGUUCAACCUGAAGUAUAACCCGAUCGGCGAGUCGCGGCUGAGGACCAUCUUCCUCAAGACGGACAACUUCAUCAAGGGCAGAUAUCUGGCCGAGAUCACGAAGGAGGUCAUCGCCGAUCUCGAAUCGAGCAAGUACCAGAUGGUCGAGUGGCGCAUCUCCAUCUACGGCAGAUCGCUCGACGAGUGGGACAAGCUCGCGGCCUGGGUCAUAGACAACAAGCUCUUCUCCCACAACGUCCGGUGGCUGAUCCAGGUCCCGCGGUUGUACGACGUCUACAAGUCGAGCGGCUUGAUGAGUUCAUUCGAGCAGAUCAUCAAGAACCUGUUUCAGCCGCUGUUCGAGGUCACCAAAGACCCAACCAGCCACCCCAAGCUCCACAUAUUCCUACAGCGGGUCGUGGGUCUCGACAGCGUCGACGACGAGAGCAAGGUCGAGCGGAGGCUGUUCAAGAAAUUCCCGGUGCCGAGGGUGUGGGACACGAAGCAGAACCCGCCGUACACGUACUGGAUCUAUCACCUGUUCGCGAAUCUAGCGUCGCUGAAUCACUUCCGGAAACAGCGCGGCUUCAAUACGUUCGUUCUCCGGCCUCACUGCGGCGAGGCGGGCGACAGCGAGCAUCUUGCGGUUGCCGCGCUCUGCUGCCACAGCAUCAGCCACGGCCUGCUACUUCGCAAAGUGCCCCUGCUACAAUACAUCUUCUAUCUCGAGCAGAUCGGCAUCGCCAUGUCGCCGCUCAGCAACAACGCGCUGUUUCUGGCGUACGAGCGGAACCCCUUCUACCAGUACUUCAAGCGCGGACUGAACGUGUCGCUCUCGACUGAUGACCCGCUUCAGUUUGCAUUCACCAAGGAGCCCUUGAUCGAGGAGUAUGCGGUCGCCGCACAGAUCUACAAGCUGAGCUCCGUGGACAUGUGCGAGCUGGCCAAGAAUUCUGUCAAGCAGAGUGGCUACGAGUUCUCCAUCAAGCAGCAGUGGCUGGGGCCAAACUUCCACUUGCCCGGGAAGCGCGGGAAUACUAUGGUCAAGACGAACGUGCCGGAUCGGAGAGAGGAGUUCCGGUACCAGACCCUCAUGGAGGAGCGGAUGAUGGUGGAGAGAUACACCUCCGACCCCUUACCCCCUCAAUCCCCAGCGCUCUCGACCCGCACCAACACGGCCAGCGCCGCUGCCGCUGCCGCUGCCACGAUGGCGCUGCCCGACCCGAGACAGCAGCCCCAGCAGAGCCAAGCCCCAACCGCGGGAUCAUCGGCACGGCCCCUGGAAGUGCAGACGGGGAGUCCGACCGUCGCCUCGAUCCCCGCAUCAUCAAGUCAGUCUCAACUCUACACGGGCAGCAUCUCGGCGCUGGCAUCGCCGAUGUUGGGGUCCAUGUCAGGGUCAGGGGUGGGCACACCCACCGCGGUUGACGCUGGUGCGAGAGAUAUUCAUCUGUCGGGGCAUGAACCUAGGUAUUUCCCGGGGUUGGUCUCGAGGAACACUCAGCGGAAGGAUAGCAUGAGGAAGGAGUCGGGGCAUGAGAGCGACCAUCCUCGAUGAACAUUGGCCUUGUUAGGUGAAUCGCAAUAAGGGGAGAGCGCAAUAACGAGCGGUGACUGGGAGGGACUGGAAAGAUGCGGGCAGGUUGUGGGCUCUAUUGUUAGACGCGGAGGCGUUUUUGAGGGAAGGGCAGGGUUUGGACUGCGUAUUAGAAGCAGAAAGUUGCAGCUGGAGUAUAAGCGGGA